CCUAUACAAUCGCAAUUAAAAGAUUUUAACAGAAUUUUUUUUAUUCAUUCUUUUUACUCUGUCACCUCAAAACCGUGUAAGACUCCCAAGUCUGCCAGUCCACCACCCCCUUCUCUUUCUCUCCCAAUACAUCUUCUCUUUUCUUCUUUCUCCAAAGUUUCUUAUAUUUCUUGAUUAUUUAUUGAACCCCACAUGUGUAUCUAUUGAUCAAUUGUUCUUCUUCUUCUUUUUUUUUUUUUUUUUUUUAAUUUUUGUUUUGUGUGUGAUAACGUAAUGGAACCGAUACGUUUACCUUAAAUUCUUAUUUUUGUCUGAUUUUUUCUGUGCCCAAAGUCAACAUGCAAGCUUUGGAUCAGCCAACUUGAUUUAUUACCAAGGCCAACAACACUUUUUUUAUUUUGUUUGGCGAGUCGACCUUGGAAUAAAUUAAACAAAUUGUUUGCAGAAAAGGGAAAAAAUAAUUUAAAGAUGAAGAAUGAUGAACAAGCUCUGUUUCUGUUUGGUAUUUCACUUUCAACCCGACCCAGAUGGCAACAGUUCCUCUUGUGCUCUUCUGGGUUCUUCUUUGGCUAUCUUGUUAAUGGCGUCUGUGAGGAAUAUGUAUAUAAUAGGCUUCAAUUCAGCUAUGGAUGGUACUUUACCUUUGUUCAAGGAUUGGUUUACGUGGCUCUUAUUCAUUUCCUCAAUGGUUUUACGCCAAAGCAAAUGGUGAACCCGUGGAAGGAUUAUAUUAAGCUCUCUACAGUUCUCAUGGGCUCACAUGGGUUAACCAAAGGGUCAUUGGCUUUCCUCAACUAUCCAGCACAAAUCAUGUUCAAAUCUGCUAAGGUUUUGCCGGUCAUGGUAAUGGGGGCUUUUGUGCCCGGUCUGCGACGAAAAUAUCCACCGCAUGAAUAUAUAUCAGCAGUACUCUUGGUAGCAGGCCUGAUUCUUUUCACCUUGGCUGAUGCACAAACCUCCCCAAAUUUCAGCGUAAUUGGUGUGCUAAUGAUAUCUGGUGCUUUGAUUAUGGAUUCCUUUGUGGGGAAUUAUCAAGAGGCCAUCUUCAAGUCGAAUCCCAACACAACACAGAUGGAGAUGCUCUAUUGCUCAACAAUUGUCGGCUUUCCUAUCUUGUUCGUGGCUAUGAUUGUAACAGGAGAACUAAAGAUAGCAUGGCCUGCAUGUGCUCAGGUAAUUAUCACUAGAUCACAUGCAUCAUGUUUCAGACCUUGUUUCCUGCUUACCUUUUUUCUUUUCUUCCUGCAGCAUCCCUAUGUUUACGGCGUGUUGGUGUUUGAAGCCUGCGCUACUUUCGUGGGACAAGUGUCUGUCCUUUCCCUCGUAGCGAUAUUUGGUGCUGCCACUACUACAAUGAUUACAACUGCAAGGAAGGCUGUAACGUUAUUGCUUUCAUACUUGAUAUUCACGAAGCCUUUGACCGAACAACAUGGCACCGGAUUGCUGUUGAUGUCUAUGUGUAUAAUAAUGAAGAUGUUGCCUGACAACAAGCCCCCGCAGCCGAGGCCGCAGAAAAUUCUCCCUCUUCAACAAACCGAAAAACCACGCGAUCCUGAAGUUAACAGGUUUCAAAUAGGCACUGACGAGGAAGAAGAGAAGAGACCUUUGGUCUAAACACAGAAAGUAGUGACUCUAGCUUAGUCUAUUAUUUCAAUUUUUGAUCAACUUAUAGUUGUAAUAUGGCAACGAAAUGCUAGGCUUCUUUGUUUCUCAAAAAAUAUAUAUACGUUCUUGCAAUUCAUCUAAGGUGGUAAACAUUUGUCAGAAGUAAUUUAUUUCUCUUUGGGCAUUUAGUCCUCUUGAGAUGCUGAA